AUGAAAAUAACAAUCACAGAUUUGAAAAUUUUAUGUAAAUUUAGUCUAGCAAGUGGGAAUGCUGUGAUUCCCUUCAUUUCAUUUCUGUAUUUGGGAGAAGACAACGUAUUCUCAUUGAAGUCGUUUUCAUUGUUGUCUGGAUCACUUUUUAUGGCUAUGGCAAGCUAGGCCUUCAAUUAAGUAAUUGAAUGGAAGUAAGAUAAAUUAAUGACACGCACAUGCAAUCGUCCAAUUCCAAUCCAACGACUUACUCGUUUGUAAGGAGGAUUGAUUGGAUUUGCAUUCUAUGCAGCUUCCAAUGUCCUGAUGUAUAAUUAUUUGCCAACCAAUGCUUUAGCGAUUAACAAUUUGAUUUUCUUCUCAUACUUGGGAAUAUACACAACGUUGAAAACAAGAUCUCCCAUGAAUACUUUAAUUGGAGCAGUAAUUGGGGCUCUUCCAGUGGUGUUAGGAGCAGCCUGUGUAAGCAACGACAGUUUGUAUAAUCUGGGGAUGUGGGGCAAUUUUGGAUUCAUGUUUUCAUGGUAAAUCAAUCAUUUCUACGGGAUUUAUUGGAAAUAUUAGAAAGACUAUUUGAGAGCUGGAUUCAAAAUGGUAAAUGAUAGUGCAGUUGCUAGUAGACAUAUGAAAAUGUGUUUGGCUAUUAAUGGGUUAAGUUGGUUUGGAACUGCAUCUCAGCAUUCUUAGCCAGAAUUAAAAUUUAUCAGUUGCAUCUCUGGAUUAUUGUCAUUAUACUUUUGGAAUUAUAGAGCAAUCAAAUUAUUUGAAGUGGACCCUUCAAAAAAUGCAAACUAUCUUAAAAAAGCCUCCUACAAUUUCUUGUUGGUCUACUACAGUAUAAUAUUAAUGGACAUAGGAAUCAAGAGAUAUUAAAAACAAUAAAACCAUUGAAAAACAAUUAUAAAAUAAUUAAUAUGAUG